AUGUCGAAUUGUUUGAUGAAAAAAGGUUUUAGUGCAUGUUUGCAACGAAUGCUGUUAAUAUGAUUUAUCCUGAUUCUCGAAUAGGAAAUUUAUUUGUAGUUCAAAGUCAACACUACUCUUUUAAUUUAGAUGGUGAUUAUUAUAUGUGGAAUUCUGCUUUACAAGUUAACAGUUCAUUGGAAAUUCCCGAUUUUAUCAGAGCACCUUUUAUACUGCGCAUGAUGGAACACUUACUCGCAGAAGGAACGUGGUUGAAAUUCAUGAGCCUUUAUGACAAGAUAUCACAUUUUUCAAGCUCGGCGCAUCUUACUGCAAUAAUAGAUAAAGAUACGCGUGUACAACUAGUGAGAAUGGAAGAUUGGGCUUCGGAAAAGCAUUGUCCUCUUAUUAAAGUAGCACGAAGUUAUGAGUUGAUGGGCAAAACAAUAGUAUGGGUAGAAUAUAGUAACACAUUAAAAAUUCGCUACGUUCCUGUAUCUUAUACUACGGAAAUAUCUCCCGAUUUUGACAAUUUUACUAUGCAUUUUUUACCCGUGUCAAAGCAUUUCUUAUUUCCAUUUGAAAAGAAUGGUUGGGUGAUAUUCAAUAUACAACAAGUUGGAUAUUAUCGCGUUAAUUAUGAUGAUGAGAAUUGGCGAAGAAUUUCACAUUAUCUAAACUCUGAUGAUUACACGAAAAUUCAUGUUCUUAAUCGUGCCCAAAUUAUCGAUGAUGCAUUUCAUUUAAUAAUAGCAGGCCAACUCAACUCCCACAUUUUCUGGGAUCUCAUAGUGUAUUUGCAUCGAGAAAGAGAUUAUGUGGCAUGGUAUCCUAUGUUUAAAGCUAUGGAAUAUAUGUACGGUACUUUUUCAUGGAAAACAAUAGUUGAAAAUAUUACGUAUAUAGUAAGAUACUCAUUAUACAAGGUACUUGAAAUAAUCAAAUAUGAAGAAAUUGAUGAUACAGACGAACUUAGAAUAUGUUUACGACAAGAAGCUGCAAGAUGGGCAUGUUUUCUCGAUAGCCCGACAUGUAAGAAAAAAGCCAACGAUAAAUUAGAACAACAUAUCCAAGAUCCUAAAAAACACAAACUUUUGCCAUGGUGGAAGAAAUGGACAUAUUGUAACGGUUUGAUGAUAACUAACAACAUAGAGACUUGGGGAUUAGUGUAUAGUAUAGGAUAUGACAUGUUGAUAUACCUGCAGCAUUUAUUAUUAUCAUUAAUAAUGUAUAUUCCGUAAAUCAAACUCAGGAAAUAAACAGAUACGUUCAAUGGUUGAAAUACUAUAGAGACAUAUUUGUUAAAAAGGAAGAAAGGGAUAUUAUAACGCAGACUUCUGGCAAAAUUGAAAGCAAGAUAUCAAUUCGCAACAGUCAAAUCGAAAAACAAAAACGGUAUUUUGAUAGUAUUUUCUAUUGGUAAAUGUAAAAAAUUGCAGCUUUACAUUGUGUGCGUGGAUAUACUUCAUAUUAAUAAUUUUUAUAUA